UAAAAAAAUGUACGAAAGACUAUAGGAAUGUUCGUAAGUACGAUAUUCUUAUUAUCAACGGUAAAGAUCGUCUUAUUAAGACUAUAACCAAUGCGUCAGAGGGUGUGCGUUAUUAUGUGAAAAAUGAAGAGUUGUUUGAUAUAAUUCAUUCUACACAUACAGCAAUCGGUCACGGAGGCCGAGACCGAAUGAUGGCUGAACUUAAAUUAAAAUACGCGAAUGUGACAAAGGAAACAAUAAUGGUUUAUUUAAGUCUAUGUUCUGAUUGCCAUAAAAAAUCUUCAAAUCCAAAAAGAGGGCUUGUAUCAAAACCUAUUUUACAUUCGGCAUACAACUCACGUGCUCAACUGGAUUUAAUAGAUAUGCAAUCACAGAGCGUAAAUGAUUUCCGAUUUAUAAUGAAUUACCAAGACCAUCUAACAAAGUUCGUUGUACUUAAACCAUUAAAAACAAAACGUGCGGAAGAAGUUGCACAUAAUUUACUAGAUAUUUAUACAACAUUUGGAGCACCAGCCAUACUGCACUCAGACAAUGGAAGAGAGUUUGUUAAUAAUACUAUAAACGAACUUCAUGCUAUGUGGGGUGAUGUGAAAAUUGUUCAUGGGAAACCUCGACAUAGUCAGAGCCAGGGCUCUGUCGAACGCGCCAAUCGAGAUGUGGAGGAUAUGUUGGCUACAUGGAUGGCCGAGAACAAAAGUAGUGAUUGGCCGUCUGGAUUAAAAUUUAUACAGUUCCGAAAAAAUCGCGCUUUUCAUUCAGGUAAGAAUUAUUUAAAUAAUUAUAUUUCUUAGAAUAUUUGUACUAUUUGCAACUUUUUGUACUAUUUUUG